AUACAUACUGUCGAUGCGGGGGGGUGAAAGCGACCAGUGUGUGUGUGUGUGUAUGUGUGUGUCCAACACGGAGAGAUGUCUGGCUGCUGCAGGACCACUGUGAUGUAUCUAGGUAUUGGAUUUUGUUUGAUGGUAAUUAUCAGCCGGGCCACAGGACAGACCGGUAAAGUACCAUGGACGCAAGAAAAGCUGUUCCACAAGCCCAGUUUGAUGACCACACGAGACACCCAGCGAGUCUUAGCACAGACUGAUGUCACCCGGAUGUGGCACAAUGAUCUCCGACCCCUGCUGGUGCAGAGAUACCCAGGCUCAUCGGGCAGCCUUGCUGUGCGCCAGCACAUUUUGAACAGACUGGGAUCACUCCGUGCAGGCUGGGAGACGGAGGAGGAUACAUUCCAGGCGGACACUCCCUACGGUCCGCUGACCUUUUCCAACAUAAUCGCCACCGUGAACCCGGCAGCCAAGCGGCGCCUCGUGCUCGCCUGCCACUACGACUCCAAGUACUUCCCUCCGCAGCAGAGCAGGCGCCAGUUUGUCGGAGCAACUGACUCGGCAGCACCGUGUGCCAUGCUGCUAGAACUGGCACAGGCUCAGGACGAGGAGCUCCUGUCACGAAAGACUUCCAAUCCAGAGCUCUCUCUGCAGCUGAUUUUCUUCGAUGGAGAGGAGGCUCUGCACCAGUGGUCCUCCACAGACUCUCUCUAUGGUUCACGACACCUGGCCCAGAAGAUGGGAUCCACUUCACACCCGCCGGGUGCCAGGGACACGAAUCAGCUGCAUGGGAUAGAUCUGUUUGUGCUGCUGGAUUUAAUUGGUGCGCCCAAUCCCCGCUUUGGCAGCCAGUUCGCAAGCACUGCAAGAUGGUUCUCCAGACUGCAGAAUAUAGAGCGACGGCUGCAUGCGAUGGGGGAGCUCAAGAAUCACCACGCUGAAAUUGAAUAUUUUUGGCCUAACAUUCAUGUUGGGCCUGUUGAUGAUGAUCACGUACCGUUUUAUAAUAGAGGAGUUCGGAUUCUGCACUUGAUACCAACGCCUUUCCCUGCAGUCUGGCACACCAUGGAUGACAAUGAAGAAAACCUUGACUCAUCCACCAUUGAAAACUUGAAUAAGAUUCUCCAAGUCUUUGUGCUGGAGUACCUAAAGCCGUAAGGCUACAAUAGCAGUCAUCUGUGGGGUUGAGGCAAUGAAAUAUCAUUACAUAUAUCAUUAACAUAUUGCAUUACAUACCACUUUGUAGUUUCCCAUAUACUUAACGAAAAAUACUGCACUACUGUUAUGGCGAUUUAAUUUUGUAGUGCGUUUGAUUACAUGAUGUUAAAUAAAAUGACAGGAAUAUGUUUAAUGAAAUGUGUCUUAUGUAGGUAUGGCUUUAGUUUGAAUUCAACCACAGCGGUGUUGUUGAGCUGGACAUCAUUAACACAAACUGCUGUGCAGUAAAAUACAAAUAUUCCCAAACCAAUGAAAAGCCCCCAGAUUAGCCAGUAUUCAUCCUGUUUGAAUGAGUCUAGUCAACUCUAGACUCAUCUUCUUACAACAAAUAUUAAACCACAGUUAAGUCAUACCUUGUAAUGGAACGCACAUCAAAGGUUAUUUCCAUUAGAAAAUCAUGUGUCUGCUGGUUUAUAACAUUUUGCAGACAAGGUUGAUGCAUACAUUUGAAAAGUUGUAUUCAACUAGUUUUUUCAGCUUAUUUUUUAAUCCUUUUCUUUUAGUUGCAUUAUAAACACUGAUAAAGUUGUGAUUUACUCAUUCAAUUUCAGAAACUCAGCACAUACUUGCAUCCCACUGUCGAUACAGCACCAUCUAGUGGGGUGCGGAGGAACUGCAGUCAACAUCCUCGCUGUUUACAAAGGACAGGAACUUAAUUAAAUGUCUCCCGUAUUUUACAAAUACACAUACAUAAAUAGAUACCAUUACUUUUUAAAAAAAAAAAGUUAUGUAAUUCAUCAACCAUUUACCCGUGGCAGAAUAACUGAACCGGUUUUAUAGUAAAUACAAUUUUAAUGUAUUGAUUAGCCAGCUCUGGUGCAGACCAUGACUACGACAACCACUUUCUUUCAGUCUCUAUAUCUUGACUCACUCAUCAGAUUCCCUAUGUGUUCUUUCAGUCUCUAUAUCUUGACUCACUCAUCAGAUUCCCUAUGUGUUCUUUCAGUCUCUAUAUCUUGACUCACUCAUCAGAUUCCCUGUGUUCUUUCAGUCUCUCUAUCUUGACUCACUCAUCAGAUUCCCUGUGUUCUUUCAGUCUCUCUAUCUUGACUCACUCAUCAGAUUCCCUAUGUGUUCUUUCAGUCUCUAUAUCUUGACUCACUCAUCAGAUUCCCUAUGUGUUCUUUCAGUCUCUCUAUCUUGACUCACUCAUCAGAUUCCCUGUGUUCUUUCAGUCUCUCUAUCUUGACUCACUCAUCAGAUUCCCUGUGUUCUUUCAGUCUCUAUAUCUUGACUCACUCAUCAGAUUCCCUGUGUUCUUUCAGUCUCUAUAUCUUGACUCACUCAUCAGAUUCCCUAUGUGUUCUUUCAGUCUCUAUAUCUUGACUCACUCAUCAGAUUCCCUAUGUGUUCUUUCAGUCUCUAUAUCUUGACUCACUCAUCAGAUUCCCUGUGUUCUUUCAGUCUCUAUAUCUUGACUCACUCAUCAGAUUCCCUGUGUUCUUUCAGUCUCUCUAUCUUGACUCACUCAUCAGAUUCCCUAUGUGUUCUUUCAGUCUCUAUAUCUUGACUCACUCAUCAGAUUCCCUGUGUUCU